AUGGUGAACCAAAGACUAGUGGAUGAGCACUACGAACGACGUGAGGCUAUACAGCAAGUUUUACAAGAUGAUAAAAACAGGAUAAACUCUUUGGUGUUGGCGAUCUUCCGUGUAAUGAUAUUGAAGCAACACAACCAGCUUCUGGUCAAGAAAUCUCCCCGAUCAAGCCCCAGGAAGAUUAAGAAAAAGCCAGUGGAGGAUGAUGUUGGUGGUGGUGGUGAAGAUGAAGAAAAAGCCAAAAACGAUUUUGAGAUCCAGGUCAGCAAAUUGAAGCAGGAGCACUCGACCAAGCUGAAGUUGGCAGAGGCGAAGUUGCAGACGCUCAAGACGGAAAACGACCGGUUAAAGAGCCAAAUCAAGAAGUUGAACGCGGCAAAGAUCAAGAGCACGAGUAACGGCUCUUUGUUCAGUUCAAGUCGGAGAGCACUACUGCUGCGGCUGCGUUCGAUUUUCACUCCGGAUAAGUUCAAGUCCCGAUUUUCCUCGUCCUUAUUCUCGAAUGGCUUUCCUGCACUUUUCGAUGACGAUUUGAUGACACCGAUUAGAAAGAGUACUGGCAAUGGCAAUGAAAAUGGCAAUGAAAAUGAUGAAGACGAUGUUGACGGCGAGGAGAACGAUGUCGAAAUAGUGGAAGAAAAAAGUCGACGAAGCUUGCUAGAUUUCUCACCGACAAGUAACCAAAAAGAGAGGAAAACCUCUGGGGCAAGCACAGUGUUGUCAAAAGUACCAGAAGACGGCGAGCCUUUGCCUCUAUCGAUCCCAAAGUUGAGAAAGACAUUUGAUGCGACAUCAUCCUCCCCGACGCGUGAAAGGCAGGCGCGGACUCCUUCUAGAGUUAUUGACAAUUUCGACGACGAGAAUGUAGGAGGCGACAAUAGGGAAAAUUCAAGACUGAGAAGUCUUUCUCCGGAAUUCACGCCAAACCGAAUAUCACGAAGCGCAAGCACGCAGGUACCGAAUCCAAUCUUGGCCACCGGCGUCGCCACUGCCAGCACCGAAGAUUCACCAACAUCGAAGAAAUCAAGACCUCUUGAGAAUGCUAGUGAAGACCACGAGAUGGUGAAAAAGAAAAAGACUGUCGCUUCCAGAAAUCCAAGUGCCAGCUCGAUCAAGUUUGACAAAAUGACUGGGUUGCAUCUGGACGAUAGCGAGGAUGAGUUGAACCAGUUGGCCAAGUAUGAAGACGCAAAUUUCGAAGACGAUGAGCCCGACAAUAGCCAAAACACAAUCUUGACGAAACGAAAAAACAAAAGCACCACUGAAACCAGUGAGUUGAUGUGGGAUGUCCAGCCAAAGAAAAAGAGAAAUGUUUUCACAAUCGAUUAA